AUGCAUUUAAAGGUGGUACUAAUAGCUUCGACUGUGCUUACUACAGCUCUCGGAGCUAGCAAGAAUGCCCGCGAUGUCGAACCGUGUGCGCAGAUCACCGAGGUGGCUUCAGAGGCCCGUCAGAGUCAAGGCACUGUUUCGGUUUCCCAUGAGUUGGCACAUCAAUGUUUGAUGUCUAUGCCUUUUGAUUCAGAGCGUGCUGGCAUCUUUCUGAAUCAGGUUCGCAAGAUCCUAGAGUUCCAGUCGACGAUUGAUAUUCUCAAGCAACCGCCAUCUGGUUAUGGUAUGCCUUCUACAGACCUUCUAGGAGGGAUCGACGACAUUCUAGACAAACUCAACAGCAAUAGUUACUCCAGUCAGUUUGAAAUGGAUCUGGACGUUUCUCAUCUCAUCAACUCUGCCCAUGAUGGUCAUCUGGUAUUUCAGCUGUGUUCACAAUCGAUCUUCAAAUUCAAUAUCGACUUGCCUCUUGUAUCUAUCUCUACGGAUGGUCUUUCGCUUCCAGAUGUGUAUACACUUGGCGAUGCAAAGACGCAAGAGAACGGUUCCAAGGAUGUUUCUCCCAUCGAAUCGAUUAAUGGCACUGCUGUUGCCGACUAUCUCGAAUCAUAUGCGUUUAGCCAAAGUCUACAAGAUCGUGACGCCCAGUACAAUCGGGUAUUCCCUGCUCUUGCUCGCACUGUCACCAAUACUCCUACCAGUGAAAAUGGCAUUUGGGUUACCAAUGGAGCAUGGACAGAUGGCUCGGAUCUGAUAAUCAAAUACACCAAUGGCACCAGUCAAAUGGUGCAAAAGACAGCCACUCCAAUGGAGAGGUACUUCACAUAUCAAAAUGGAACGGAAAUGUACAACAUCAACUGCCUUCCACAAACUCUACCGACAGACACAGCAUCCAACGCAGGCGCUGAGCAAGCAUCCGAAGUCACAGGCUUCCCAGACCCUACACUCGGUGACCCUUCAAGCUCGAUAGCAGGAUAUUUCUCAUCCCUAGACGGGUUAGAGGAUACGGCGAUCAUUUUUCUUCCUACAUUCGGCUCAAGCCCCUCUGAAAUAGCACAGGUAGCCAUUAACUUCUUGAAAAAUGCUACAGCAGAAGGCAAGAAGAAUGUCCUGAUCGAUGUUACUGCUAACCCAGGAGGGUAUAUGACAUCAGGCAUAGAUAUGGCUCGAAUCUUCUUCCCAGAGUCUUCUCCUUAUACCGCAACUCGGUUCAGAGCACAUGAGGCUGCCAAGUACUUGACUCAGGCAUACUCUCGUGAUACAAGCUAUGACUCGAGCAAUAUCUUUGCGUACAGAGCAAUGGUUGCGCCGAACCAGUCAACUGGGUUUAGUUCCUGGCAGGAUCUUUAUGGACCGCAUCAGAUACUGGGAAGCUCUUCUUCUACCCUGCUGGCCAAUUUCAAUUACACCGCUAGCUCGACUAAGACAUUUCCCAUUAAUGGAUACGGAGCUAUCCCGCUUAAUCCAUCAAAGUCCCUUUUUCCAGCAGAGGAUAUUGCCAUCAUAACGGAUGGCGACUGCGUCUCUACCUGCGCAUUCUUCGUCAAACUAAUGAAACGCCAGGGUGUUCGUACGAUUACCUUCGGGGGCCGACCAUCCAAAGCACCAAUGCAAGCUGUUGGUGGCGUGAAAGGUGGCCAGUCGCUCGGCAUAAGCUACAUAAACGGAUAUAUCCAACAAGCAAAUAUCCUAAUCCGCAACUCGGCCCACACGUCCUCUCCUCUUCUCACUCCAGCUGAGUGGAAGAAGUUCAACGAGUCUAGUCCUAGUCUUGAGACUUCGUAUGCCUGGAGCGGCAAUCUGAAUCUGCGAAAUGAAUAUGAUCCCGAAGAUGACCAAACACCGCUACAAUUUUUUUAUGAGGCGGCAGAGUGUCGGUUGUUUUACACGCUGGAGAACUAUUUGCAGCAGGAGACUGUUUGGCAGGCUGCUGCUAGCUCUAUGUUUGGGGAUUCUGGAUGUGUGGAUGGAUCGACUGGUGGGAAGGGGAGUUUGGAUGAUAAUGACUCGUGA